AUCAUAAAAUCUACUAAUAAUAAAAUAAAACAUACACAGCCCUGUCUAAUAACAUCAAAUCUAAAAGAGUGUUUGACGUGGAAAAGAGUGGGAAAAAAGAUAAAUAUGAAUGAUUCGUCAUUUUAUAAAACAGUAUUAAACAAAUAUUUUGGAGAUACGAUUCACAAAUCUACAAUAAUAUUUUUUUAACAACACGAUAAGAAAUAAUUAAGAUAAUUAACGCCAAAUAUCUGUCAAUAAAAUAAAACAUUAUACAAUCCUGCGAUUGGAGUUAUCAUACAGUUCAAUUUAUUUUAGUAUUCAGGCAAAAAUCAUACUUGCAAUAAUAAAGCAUGUUUAGAACAAAUAUUAAAAAUGUAUACAAACUCAUUAAUAAUGAUUUGAGCAAUAAAGUAUACGAGUAUACCACAUUACCGAGAAAUCUAAGUAUAACAACCAAAAAAUAUGCAGAGGCCAUUAGUAUUCAAGAGGCAAGACCUAAAUCUUGGGAUGAAGCAAAGCCAUUUUCCGAAAUCCCAGGGCCUAAUCCUUUGUUGCUCACACUUUUCAGUUUAAUACCAGGAAGAGCAUCCAAAAUGUCAUUAAAGGAUGCCAACGCACAACUCAAUAAAACAUAUGGCGAUAUAGUUGCAAUAAAAGGAACAAUGGGUCGAUCAGAUAUGAUCAUUACUUAUAAUCCAAACGAUUUUGAACAAGUGUACAGGAAUGAAGGACCUUGGCCUUAUAGAAGAGAUUUUGAUACAUUUCGCUACUUCAGAACCCAUGUUAGACCUGAUGUUUAUGGAGACUCUUAUGGUCUUGUUGCGACUCAAGGCAAAGCAUGGAAAGAGUUGAGAGGCAAAGUCAACCCAGUUAUGAUGCAACCCAGAGUUGCAAAACUAUACAUCACACCAGUGGAAGAAGUUGCAGAAGAAUUUAUUGCACGCAUGCUCCUUCUGAGAGACUCGAACAAUGAAUUGCCAAGCAAUUUUUCACAUGAAUUAAACAAAUGGUCGUUGGAAUCAAUCGCAAGAAUAGCCUUAGAUUCAAGAUUAGGUUGUUUGAAAGAUGAUUCUGAAAUGGAUCCGGAUUGUAAACAAAUGAUUGCAGCUGUUCAAGACUUUUUUGCUUAUACUUGGAAACUAGAAAUCAAUAUGCCAGUUUGGAAAAUUUUUAAAACACCCUCAUUUAACAAAUUGAUGAAUGCUUGGAAUACCAUGAUCAAUGUUUCAUUUAAAAAAAUUGAAGAAGCAAAACAAAGAAUUCAAACUAACCCAAAGCCAACAACCGAGCAUGAAGCAAGUGUACUAGAAAAAUUGUUAAAAAUUGAUCCUAAACUUGCAGCAGUCAUGGCAAUGGAUAUGCUUUCAGCAGGAAUUGAUACUACAUCUAAUAGUGUUGCAAUCCUGUUAUAUUUCCUGGCAACGAAUCAAUCUUGCCAAGAUAAAUUGCGACAAGAAAUUUUAACAAUAUUGCCAGAGAAAAAUUCGAAGUUAUCAUUCGAUUCUUUUAAUCAUAUUCCAUAUUUAAGAGCAUGUAUGAAAGAGGCGACAAGGAUACUUCCAAUUGCUGAAGGCAAUUUAAGAAAAUUGCCUGUUGACCUAGUUUUAUCUGGAUAUCAAGUUCCAAAAGGGACUGAAGUUGUUAUGAGGCACUCGACAGCAUCUAUAAAAGAAAACCAAUUUCCUAAUCCGGAAAAAUUCAUGCCAGAACGUUGGUUAAGUGCUGAUAAAUCCCAGGGUUGUCCUUUGGCAAAAAAUGCACAUCCAUUUGCUUAUAUGCCAUUUGGGUUUGGUCCUAGGAUGUGUGUUGGAAGAAGAUUUGCAGAUUUAGAGGUUGAAAUAUUGAUUACCAAAUUGCUUAGAAAUUGUAAGGUGGAAUGGAAUUAUGGAGAACUGGAAACAUCUAGCAGACUGAUUACUCAUCCUGAAUCGCCAUUGAAAUUUAAAGUAACAGAGAUAUGAUA